UGCACUUCCGAGAUGUACUGAAGAGGAGGUGCACCGCACUGCGAGGAGGGCUGCCUAUCAGACAAUCUCUGAAAAAGAAAAGCAAAAUCCUCAGCCUUGACAGGCUAUGCUGAGACACAUCUGGACUUGGGAAUGUUUUCCACCUCGGAAUCCAAGGUAGUUUCUUUGUGUCUCAAUUUACGCGGAACGUGGCGUCUGCGCCGAAGCAGCAGCCUAAAUUAGUUUUUCCAACAAAACGGGAUAUUCUUUCCAAGCAACUGCAAAGAAAACAAGUGCAACAGAGACUACAGCUGUAAAACAGGAAUGGUUUAUCCUCCCGACGGUUUAUUCUACAUCGAAAUGGAUCAAGCACCACCAGCUCUUCCUCCCCGGUCCACAAAGCCAGCGAUGUCCACAAUGAACAACAACUGCCUUUCUCCACCUGUGUGUGCGCUUGAGGAUGCCGAAUGGUACUGGGGAGAUAUAACAAGGGACGAGGUGAACGAGAAACUUCGAGAUAUGCCCGAUGGCUCCUUCCUGGUGCGAGACGCAUCAACAAAGCUGCAAGGAGACUUCACUUUGACCUUACGGAAAGAUGGGCACAACAAGCUAAUUAAGAUCUACCACCAUGACGGGAAGUAUGGCUUCUCGGACCCCUUCACGUUCACGUCAGUGGUGGAACUCAUCUGGUACUACCAGCAACACUCGCUGGUGGAAUACAAUGCUAUGCUGGAUCUGAUGCUCACGCAUCCCAUGUCCCGUUUCCAACAGGUUAGCGAGGUGAAAGAAGACAGCGUUGAUGUUGCUGGCAGAAAGCUCAAAGAGGUCCAGAAUCAGUACCAAGAAAAGUCCAAAGAGUUUGACCGUCUUUAUGAAGCCUUCACCAAGACCUCACAGGAGAUUCAGAUGAAGCGCACGGCAAUAGAGGCCUUCAAUGAGGCAAUGCUGAUCUUCGAGGAGCAAUGUCGCGAGCAGCAGCGAUACGGAGAGGAGUUUGAGAGGAACAGCCAUUCAGAGGGAGUUGACAAUGAUUUGGAGAGCUUUCUUAUCAAUUACGAGAAACUGAAGGGCCGACUUGGAGAGAUCUAUGACAGCAAACUGCACCUGGAAGAAGACUUGAGGACACAGGUGGAGGACUACAGAGAGACAGACAGGAAGAUUAAUAACUUGCGGCCAGACCUCAUCCAGCUUCGCAACAUCAGAGAUCUGUACCUCAACUGGCUUAAUCAUAAAGGGGUACGACAGAAACGCAUAAAUGACUGGCUUGGGAUACACAAUGACAGCCUUGAUGACACAUACGUAUUGAAGGGAGAUGAGAAGAAUCUACCACAUCAAGAUGAGACGAGUUGGUUUGUCGGGGAACUGAGUCGGACACAGGCGGAGGAGGUGCUUCACGGAAAAGUUUCAGGAACGUUCCUGAUCCGAGAGAGCAGCAAGCAGGGAUGCUACGCCUGCUCUGUUGUUGUGAAAGAAGAGGUGAAGCACUGCAUGAUCUACAGCACACCACUCGGAUACGGCUUCGCCGAGCCCUAUGACGCCCACUGCUCAUUGAAGGACCUCGUCCUGCACUAUCAGCUGCACUCCUUAGCGCAACACAACGACGCCCUGGAUGUCCGGCUGCUGCACCCCGUCCAUGCCAAAGUGGCGGCCCCCGCUUCUCAACACUCCGAAGAACACAAACUGUUACAGACUCCAAAACACAUGCCACCAGGACUCCCGCCUGCAGCUCCGGAAAUGUAAUCGAGCAGCAAGAUACUUUUCGUCAUAUCCUGUAAGAAGGACUGCAUCAAAGGUGCAUUGAGUAAAGAUUUGCACUAAGGGUGAUUCCAUCAUCUUUUGUGAAUGGGAACUCACAGAUUUGAAGUGGGACCGGAACUUGAAUGUCAGCUUGACUGUUUCAGUCUAAUUUUUUACUUCACAUUUAGUGCCGUUGGUUCAAAGGCCCCUUUCUCCAGAUAGGGAAGUUCACAACUAGAAGUUUGUUCACUGGGAUCAGGUGCUGCACCUUCGAGUUGACUUUGCUGGAGAUGUUCAUUCCCAACUUGGGAAAUCGAUUGAGCUCUACAGAUUUAACUGAUAUGUUAGAUUUAUUGGGUUGAUACUACAAAGUGCAUUUGUGAGGGGGAAAAAACACAAUGCUGUUAACAGGUUGGUAUCAGUUAGGUGGGUUAAAAUGCCACGUGUGAAUAUGUUAAAAAGUCAUGGUGCAUCUUAACUACUUGCCCCUUUUUAUAAAGAAUUCAUUAAAAUGGAUAAUUAUGUAGCAUUAACAUACUGUAUCAAACCAUUGUAAAAGCAUACUCAAUGUUAUACCCAUUGACCAAAUCACUUAAUAGUGAGCAAAACUGCAUCCCCAUUUAGUGUGGUAACUGCAUUUUGGCAAGGGUAGGGCAAUGUAUGUACACCUGCUGAUGUGCUGAUCGAAACAUAAUCUGAAGUACUGUAUGUUAUAUUCUGUUACUCAAAGAAGUAUAAGCUUUUUGUAUUCCAUAUAUAUUUUUUCUAUAAACACGCCACAAGAUGAAAGCUUGAAGAAAGUGCAAUCCAACAGUGCUUCUACUGUUGCAAUGUAUGACGAGAAUGACGGAGGUGGUGAAGGUGUUGCUGUUAUGAGAGGUUGACAUUUGCCACAAAAAAAUGCACUCUCCCUGGUGGUUUGUUUGGCUCGUGUGGCCUCCGAUGUUUGUGUGAACUGCCAGAGGUCCGGAAGUAUCCUGCCUCCAUUACUUGAAUUGUGGCGUUGCUCUAGCUAUGAAUGUUCUUUUGUUUUCUCAUACACACGCAGCCUACAUAGCUUAAGAGGAAAGAAAUCUAUGUUAAACCCGGCACAUUUUUCCAAGGUAAUGGACACUUUGUAUAGAGAUGCCAUAAGAUGUAUUGCUCAUGUUUGUUCAUGGGAGGAAGUUGAUGGAUCCUCUUGAGAAAUAUUACUCCACUGGAGGACUGAGGAAACUCCUCGGGCAAAGCUAAGUAAUGUGAGAUCCUGACCUUUAUCUUGCUGAAAGACAAUAAACUGAAAAGAGUUUUGUCAACUUA